GCUGCCAUUGCGCGGAGCGCAGUUCUGCGCGUUUGCGCCGUCCGCAGACCACCAGGGUGCCUCCAGGCCGUGUUCCGGACCAAUCGAUCCAAUUUGUUUUCCUCCACUCUCCGGCCGAGGAGUCGCGCAAUUGCGACUCAUUCAUUCAAUAAAUCCGGAGUUAUUGCGAAUUGCCCUCGCCGGGUGGCCGGUCGCGAUCGAUUGCGAUCCAUCAUCAGUUCACGAUGACGCUGCAGGCGAUAAAAUGGAGCAUGGUGAACCGCCAGCUGGAGAUCCUGGACCAAACGCUGCUGCCGGCGACGACCAGCUACGUCCAGAUCAAAAGUGUCGAGGAUGCUUGGCAUGCGAUCAACAAGAUGCAGGUACGAGGCGCACCGGCCAUAGCUAUCGUGGGUAGCCUCAGUUUGGCAGUGGAGAUUCUUCAACAUCCAGGCUACGAGGACAAGGCGGCGCUUCGCCAGGCCAUCGAGGACAGCCUGAAUUACCUGUUAACGGCACGUCCGACCGCAGUCAACAUGAAGACGGCGACCAACGACAUCAUGAAGAUGGUAAAUUGCAUGAACGAGAGCGACGAUUGCACGCUGGUCAAGAUGAAAGACAGUGUCAUAGACCUGAUAAAUGAGAUGUUAGAGACAGAUGUAGCGGACAACAAAGCGAUCGGGAAGCUCGGGGCGGCUGAGAUUCUGUACGACGUGCCGAAGGAGAAGUCAGUCAGGAUCCUCACCCAUUGCAACACCGGGAGCCUCGCCACCGGGGGCUACGGCACGGCUUUAGGCGUCAUCCGAGCUCUACACGAGAUGGGAAAGCUUGAACACGUUUAUUACACCGAGACCAGACCGUGCAAUCAGGGCGCGCGUUUAACCGCCUACGAAUUGGUGCACGAGAAGAUACCGGCGACUCUAAUCUGCGACGACAUGGUCGCCGCGGUGAUGAAAACGAAACAGAUCAACGCGGUUGUUGUGGGCGCGGACAGAAUCACCGCGAACGGCGACGUUGCAAACAAGAUUGGGACUUAUCAGAUUGCGAUUCUCGCCAAGUAUCACAACAUCCCUUUCUACGUGGCUGCACCAAUGACGUCCGUGGACCUCAAAAUGGUCGACGGUGACCAGAUAGUUAUCGAGGAGCGAUCUGAACGAGAGAUGACUCACAUAAACGACAAGAGAAUCGCGGCGGAAGGCGUAACGUGUUGGAAUCCAGCGUUCGACGUGACACCGGCGGAUUUGGUCACCGCCAUAAUUUCGGAUAUCGGUAUUUUAAAGCCACUAAAUUUAUGGGGGCUAAGAAAUUAUAACUUAGAACUACAGUCAAAUUAAGAUUUAUCUCAAGACUUCCUAUAUUUGUUACCAAUGUGAUUGAGAUGUUUUUUAUGUAUUAUAUUAUCGCUUAUUACCGGGUUACCGAGAAUAUUCGCGACAGCUUUCUUUAGAUUAGCUGUCGAGACCUCAUGUGCCGCCGAUGUAAAUAUUCGCGGCCUUGUUUCCGCCGCGCAUCUGUUUCGGCGGUCAUUUCUCGGUAUCGAUGUUGUUUAAUCGGCCUCUAUCUUCUCAGAAUAAAUUGUUAAUGUACA